GUACGGCGCGGCGCGCUCCUUCGCCACGCCGCCGCGCAGACCCUCCAUCUUCCCGCUCGGCGCUGCCCGCUCGCCCGGCCCCGGGCUCGCGCUGCUCCCGGGCCUCCUGCGGCCCCGGCUCCCGGCCUCCGCGGCUCCGCCACCAGGGGCCCCCUCCCCCGCCACACACGCUCACACGCGUCCGCGAGCACUCACACGCGCGCGCACACACACACUCACACACACUCACACGCCAGCGAGCUGCUGGCCGCUCAAUGGACCGAUUUCCUCGGUUUCCCUGAUUGCAGUCCAGCCCGGGAUGAGAAAUUGCAAAAUGGCCCGGGUCGCCAGUGUGCUGGGGCUGAUCAUGCUCAGCGUCGCCCUGCUGAUUUUAUCGCUCAUCAGCUACGUGUCCCUGAAAAAGGAGAACAUCUUCACCACUCCCAAGUACGCCAACCCGGGGGCGCCCCGAAUGUACAUGUUCCACGCGGGAUUCCGGUCACAGUUUGCGCUGAAGUUUCUAGACCCGUCAUUUGUGCCCAUUACGAAUUCUCUCACCCAGGAACUCCACGAGAAACCUUCUAAGUGGACAUUUAAUCGGACAGCGUUUUUACAUCAAAGGCAAGAAAUUCUUCAGCAUGUCGAUGUAAUAAAAAAUUUUUCUUUGACCAAGAAUAGUGUUCGGAUCGGACAACUGAUGCACUAUGAUUAUUCCAGCCAUAAAUAUGUUUUCUCUAUUAGCAAUAACUUCCGAUCACUGCUUCCAGAUGUGUCACCCAUUGUGAAUAAGCAUUACAAUAUUUGUGCUGUGGUUGGAAAUAGUGGAAUCCUAACAGGGAGCCAGUGUGGACAAGAAAUAGAUAAAUCAGAUUUUGUUUUUCGUUGCAAUUUUGCCCCUACGGAGGCAUUCCAAAAAGAUGUUGGAAGGAAAACCAACCUUACCACCUUCAACCCCAGCAUUCUGGAAAAAUAUUACAACAAUCUUUUGACCAUUCAAGACCGUAACAACUUUUUCCUCAGUUUAAAAAAGCUUGAUGGGGCCAUUCUUUGGAUCCCUGCGUUUUUCUUCCACACUUCAGCAACUGUUACCAGAACAUUAGUUGACUUUUUCGUUGAACACAGAGGUCAGUUAAAAGUCCAAUUGGCUUGGCCUGGAAAUAUAAUGCAACAUGUCAACAGGUACUGGAAAAACAAACAUUUGUCACCCAAACGGCUAAGCACAGGUAUUCUUAUGUACACCCUUGCAUCAGCAAUAUGUGAAGAGAUCCACUUGUAUGGAUUUUGGCCUUUUGGAUUUGAUCCCAACACAAGGGAAGAUCUUCCAUACCAUUAUUAUGACAAAAAAGGAACCAAAUUUACUACCAAGUGGCAGGAGUCUCACCAACUGCCUGCUGAGUUUCAGCUGCUCUAUCGAAUGCAUGGGGAAGGGCUCACCAAACUGACUCUGUCACACUGUGCCUAAGAACUCCGAAUGGAAAGUGCCAAAUGGUUGUUUAAAAAAGUGCCCCAAAUCAAAUUGAGUAGUCUUCUGAAUAGAACCCGAGAGACUGUCUUAUAAGGCUUUUUUGCCUCUUAAAUGGAAAGAUGUUUUUUUUGCACUGCUCUUUGAACAGUCUUAGCUGAUGUCGCAGGACAGAUGCACUGUAACCACGCGAUUGAAACUUGACUGAUGAAAGGAAUGUUGCAUUUGGAAGUACGCUGCUAACAAAAUGGUUUGAGGUGUUUCCAUGUUUGUAUUGUAACAAAAACAGCUCCUGUGACAAUGAGGACAAGAGCUAUAGUUUUCCACAGCUCUGUUCAAGUACAGUCCUCAUAAUCAGAGACCUCUGGCCACUUGGGGCAGGAUCUGUUUAGUCAGUGGGAUCAAACUCUUCAGAAUGGAAACAAAAAACUGUUUUGCACCAACACUACCCUCCUUUCUCUCUAUCUUUCUCUCUUUCGCUCUUUCUUUCUUUCUUUCUUUCUUUCUUUCUUUCUUUCUUUCUUUCUUUCUUUCUUUCUUUCUUUCUUUCUACCAUGUCUCUUCCUCUCCCUGCAAUCCUGUCCCUUGCCCCAUCACCAUGGAGUUUAAUAAUUUGCUAGGAAUCUUACUGAAUUAGCUUUGCUUGUAUGUGUUGCACCUGUAUUUGAUGUGUUCAAGGCUGUGGAUCACUUUGAUAUUUCAUGACAAACUGAGCAAAUCAUGAUGAAUCCCCACAUGAUUAAUUUCAUAAGAAAUACCUUAUAAAGUCCUCACUUGUCCAUAUGGUCAUUCAAAGCAGGAUGAUCCCUCCGGGGUGAGUGGAAUACAAUUCAUUGCGCCUCUCACUAUCUGAAAGAAAACCUGUGGCGUGGAUGCUGUUACAUGUCUUCGCAUGGGAAUGAUUAGGGCAGACAAUAGCACUGUGGCCUCAUCUACAAGGGCCUUCCAGCCUGCCUCCGACAGUCCCAGUCCAAACACCGAGCUUACUCAGUGAGUCAGGUAAAUAGUCUGGGACACAAACAAAAAAAUAAAGAAUGUUUAAAAGUGGUGAUGGAACCUGUACACUCUGCAGAGUUGUAACCAUCUUACCUGUUCAGAGCCUUGAGAACCAGCAGGAUUGGAGCAGAUGAGAAAGCCUGAAGUUGGCCAGGCACCCCCAUGUGAAUAAUGCGGAGGUGAGAUGGUCUCAGUAUGGUGCCCUCCACCACCAAUCCAGAACUGUUUUCUCACUUUGAGAUAACUUCAAACACUAGAUGUUCCCUGUCUCCACUAAAAUCAGAUCUAUAUGCCUAUAAAUUAAGCAUCUCCAAAGAGAAAAGGCACUGUAGAGUGGCAAGUCUUCAUACUAAGUGGCCCUUGGAAUUUGAGAUUAUGUAGAUCUGUCAUGAAGGAAUUAGCUAGCCACUCUCCUUUUCAUUACUUCAGCCUUAGAGGUAGAAAUCACAUCCCUCCCAUCCUCAGCCUUUUACUGAGCAGCACUUUGUUUUUCCAGUUCAGCCCAAAGUCUGGCCAAGUUGAUGUUAAAUUUUAAUAAGAGUUUCCUUUUUGUUUCCAAAUGCCAGUUAAGCACAUUUGUUUUAUGUUUGAGUGGGAUAGCUCAUUCUUUUCCAGCAAUUUCAUCUAAACUGCUUGCAGUGUGACAAAUAUGGUUAAAACUAAUUGCUGUUGCUCACUCAUCAGCACAUUACCCCUUUUUGGAAAGGUAUAAUCAUGCCUAAAAUUAAACCAAAUACAAUAAGCAAAGACAGUCAUGUUCUGCCCAGUCCUAAAGCUGUAUUGUUCUUUUCAGGAAGAAAAUCAGAACAGCUUUCAUAGACCCAAAUAUUAACUAAUGAAAGAAAAAUGACUCGGGUCAGGACCAAUGGUGACACAUCUUCCAAUGUCACAUGAAUGUCAAUUAUCCAAACAGAGGGAAAAAAACAGGAAUAGAUAUUUUGACAUAGGAAAUAAAAACCAGGUCUAUAUUUGAAAUAACUAUUAAGGCAAGAUAAACAAAACAUUUUAAAAUUCAGUGGUACAAUUUUAUGGGAAUCAAAACCACAUCAUGUUUAGUCUUUCCCUGUUACUUUAAAGAGCUUGAAAGAGGUUAUUGAUACAGUAUUACCAUUCUCACUGUCCUUGGGUAGGGUCGUUGUGAGAUUGCUAACUGACAGAAGUAUGUAGCUGGCUGUCCCUAAGCAAUUAGUUCAUUUGCUUUAGUCCUAAUGUGCCCAGUUGUUUCUACUGCUCAAAGAUGCAUACAGGGUUUGAACCAGGAGGUCAAAGGAGCAAAAACACAGAGUCCAUAAAACCAGUUCAUUGUUCCAAAGUGAACUGUUUAAAUUUGAAUCUCAUCACAAUGCCAAGGUUUUCUAUUUUUUUUUAAAUUCAGAGAGAUUAUUUAAAAAUCUUAAUGCACACUUGCUCUAUUUUAAUCUUAGAGUGGGAGUACUUUCCCACCUGACCCCACCAGCAUCUCAACUAUAAAGCUAAGAGGAACUCAGAAUAGUCAGGAAUUGGACUUUUCUCCAGAACUAGAAGGUCUGAGAGGUCAGCUCUUCCCUGCUUCUAAGCAGGAUUUCUUGGUGCUGAUUGCAAAAGACCACCCUUCUCUUUGUUAAAACAUUCUCUGAAGAAAAUUCCAAGCCCUCCUGAAAUUCUCUAUUAACAACCUACAUCCCUUUAUUACAAAAUAUUUACAUGCAACUUGUUAGUAAAGCAUCUAUCCCAUUUUUCAGCACAUAGUGCUCAACAAGGGCAGCUUUUACAGUGAAGAGUAUUUUCAUUGUUGGUUAUGACUAUACCUACAAUUCCAGCAUGGAAAAGAAGCAGCCGCUAGCUAAUCACACAAGAUCCCUUUUUAUUGUUAAAGAUUGGUUCAAAGAUUAAAGCAAUAUGACCACCAUCAUGAUCAAAAGACAGUGGGUCCCAUGUGUCCCAAUCAGAAGGCAGGGGUGUCAGUAACCAGAGCAUGCUGAUUCUCCCGUGUCUCCCAGGCUUGUAUGGUCAAGAGCCAUGAAUUGGGCAAGAGGGGGUCUCACAUGUGAUUCAGCCAGAUACACACCCCUGGUUUUGCACUGCCCUUACUUUGCUGGUUCUAGGCUAAAUACAUUCUUUGGUCAGAAAGUUUUCUCUUUUUAAGUACUUCUAGCAGAGCCCACCUCCAGCUGCAGGAAUAAAUUUCACCAUCAAUCUCCCUUAGGCUAUCUGCACAUGACACCACCACAAAUGACCAAUUAAGUUGCAGAGGAGAAAACUCCACAAACCUUUGGCAGCCUCCUUAAUACUAGACCCACAGUUUUCACCAGUUGGUUGUUCUGUGUCAUGUGCAGACAUGUAGAUCCUGAGGAGACAGGAUUAAUGCUGAUCUCAAGAAUUCCUCCUCUCAUGCCUAUAAUUGAUGAUUAAAACAUGUGGCUCCUCCACCUCAUGUCUGUGUCUUCGCUACCCACUGUAAAAGUGUGUUUAGUAGUAAGUAGUGUGUACUCAGCAGUGCUGACUGUGAUCACUGUGCCAUCUGUCUGUGACCUGGAUGUCAGACACCUUACCAUGGGCCUACACAAGGACAGCUCCCAGGAAGAACCCUCCAUCCCAGUCUUCUUGUGUGUAGGCCACCAGCUAGCCACGAAUGUGAGUGCCCAGACAGACCCAAUUUGGUGGGGAAGUUGAGAAAUGAAAGAAUAUUUCUUCUAACUUUGGGCAAGGCACUGUGUUCAACACUCUCAGACAAUAAUGUCUGUUGGCCAGAGUCCCAUGGAAGAAGGAACAUUGUCAAGUGCUAGGACACUGGAAAGGGAAGAGUCUUGAGUUUCUGAAGUUCUAAUUAUUGACUUUAUAAAUGAGAAAAUGGGCCUACAAAGAGGAACAGUGAUUUGCCCAUUGCAGGGUAAUUACCGGAGAAAUUAUGCCUCUUCAUCUUGGCUUUGUCAGUGUCAAAUGAAGGGAAAGAGAUUUUGGUCUGGGGUCCUUGGGGCACAAAAAGGAGGCCUGGAGAGGACAAAACAAGAAAAGAAAAAUAUUUCUCAGCACAAAACAAUAAAGAAGAUGCUUGUCUAGCAGUCCACUGAUAAUGACCCAUAUUUUCCCCAGAAAUGAAGGAAAACCCUAUUACUAAAUCACCAUUUGCUAAAUCAAUUUAGUUAUUGAUAGCCCACAGUUGACAACUGAAAUCUUGCCCAAUAAUCUAUUUAUCUUAAUAAAACUGUUUCAGUAGUAUUAUGAAUAAUUUAGAACUUAAAGCCUGAAAAUAUGUAUGUACUUUUCUUUAUGUAUAAUUUUCAGCAGGGGUCCCUUGAGUUAAGAAAUCCUUUCCACAUUAUGCUUCAUUUUAAUGGCACACCUAGGAUUACUACAUUUCAUUCAACAUGCUAAGAAGAUGUACAAAUGAUAAUUACUUUGGUGGGUCUUCCUUUCUUCAAAAUGCCAAGCUGAACAACUUCCUGUAUAAUUCUACAUCUGAAAUCCUUUCUCACGGAAUUGUUUGAGCACACUAGGCAAAGGUUUCUGCAUAGCUUCUACUCCUUCUUGAGUUUGUACAGUAGAAGUUUUGCUUAGGAACAGAGUUGGGGCUGUGUACACAUGGUUGAAGUGUUCCAAAGUAACACCCCAGGACCUCCGGAUCUGGGCACUUUGGUAGGCUAUUUGACCUGUCUGGAUUCUGUGACCCAAUAAAUCACAGCUACAGAGAAGUUGAUACCAAGGACAAAAACAACUAAUUAUGUCUCACUCAAACUGACUGCUUUGCCACCUAGAUAAAACAUUUGAAAUAGGGAACAUCUUAAAUGUCAUUACUGUAUCAUGCAGUAUUUGUGAACAUUUAUUUUUAUUGUGAUGACUUCUUGAAAACAGGUAUUUGAAUAGGUGCUUUAUCUUCUAUGAAACCCAUGCUCUUCUUAUUGAUUACAGUGGAAUUACAGUGAAGAGCCUGUUGCAGAAUAACUGACUCCAAUUUAAGAUUAUAGUUGGGUUCUGGGUAGGAACCUGAUUUAUGCCACGGAUUCAUCAGCAAAAAAAAGUACAAAAUUAAGAACUCUUCAAAAUGCAAUUCUUACUCCUCCUACCAAACCUUUAACUUGAAAUGUCUUAGGAUAAACCCAGCUUACAAAGAUUCACAGAUGAUUUUGAUGUUACCAGCACUUAAAAAAUAAUAACAUUAAUAUUAGUUAAUAUUAAUAAUACUAAUUAAUACACCAUUCUGACCACAGUAGCUGAAGGUAUAUCGCUCCUCAUGCAAUUAGUAUAAAAUGUUCCUUAAAGUUAUCAGGAUAUAUGGCAACGUACACACAGUCUUAGUGACUCAACCAGUUGACUCUUGGCUGGAUUGACCCUUGGUUAAUCUGUAAGUGAGUAGUAAUUAGUCAAUCUAGUCAGAAUGGAAGCAAGCUUGAGGACAAAGGUGCAUGGCUUUAAUAUACCUAACUCCAAGGUCAGCACUUUAUUUCACUGUCUACAUUUCAAAUGAAGGCAUUCUUGGUACAUUCAUCUUUAUAAAUGGAUAGACUGAGAAACAGAGAAGUUAAAUGAUUUAUUCAGACUCAAUUUGGGAGUUAUUCCCAGAGCCUCAAAUAUUCCUCUAGGUGUAUGAUUUCUCAGUCUCGAAGUCAUGUCUCAAAUAGAGAGGUCUCCAACUAAAGUGAAACCAAUCAAAAAAGGAAAUUCAAAGGGCUAAAAUCCCCAUACCAACCCAGCAUAAAUGAGGUGAUCAGUUCCUACUAACUGCCUCAUACCAGCUUCUGUUGGAGAAAGUACCACCACCCUGUGAAGUUUGGCCAGGCUUCUUUCUAUAUCUGGGCACAUACAAAGCAUUUAUGCUUCAAAGGAACCAAAUAACUCCUUUGAUUUUCCUUCAGUGUGAGUCAGAAACAGUUGUAGCUCCUUGGUGUACUGCUAAAUGUUAAACCACUGGCAGUGGAGAACUGUGGUUCUCCAAUUUCUGUGGUGUAAAUACUCUCAGCAUAACCAAUUUAUAGCUACUGACUUAAUUUCAACCAAAUGAAAAUACAACAGUCUUUUCAGGAGCCAGUACAAGCUGGCUUCCAAAUGAGCUGCCUCCAGCACAGCACUGCCUGAACAAUUUCCAAGUCAGUGAGUAGCAAACAGAAGAGGCUAGCGGUAGCUUUACAGGGACACCCAAGUGUCCCUUUCUGACAGGGGAGCAUUUUCCACCUUGGACAAUUUAACUAAUUUUUAGUAAAAGACUGUUGUUUGGGCUGAGGAUGUACUCAACUGGUUGAGCACUUGCCUAACAGGCAUGAAACUCUGGGUUUAAUCAGCAGCACACACAUAAUAUAGAUUAGAUAGAUAGAUAGAUAGAUAGAUAGAUAGAUAGAUAGAUAGACAGACAGACAGACAGAUAGAUAGACAGAUAGAUUGAUUUUAGGCUAAGGCCCUAAAGGGUCAAAAUUUAGUCUUGCCCUCUGCUGUUAGGAACCUCUAAACAGCUUCUUCAGCACAAUAGAUUAUCAGCAGUGGAUUUUCUAAUUUCAGAGUGACCUUCCAAGUCCAUAAAUAUUCUCUAAUUUAACUGUCAGUUGGAACCAUGUUUGGCUGAUUUUUUGUAAAAAUGUUUGGCUGACUUUUUUUUCCAGUACCAAGGACAGAGCCCAGAGCCUUCGCACGGAGCCACAUCGUCAUCUAGGGUCUUGCUGGACCAUUAAGUUGCCCAGGCUGAGCUUAAACUUGCACUCUUCCUGCCGCAACCUCUCAGAGUGUUGGGACUACAGGCUUGCAUCACCAUGAGCACCUUCUAUCUUUUUAAUCCUAUAGCCCAUUGCCUGUUUCCUCGAUUCUGCACUUUACACUAUCCUCUUGCUCAUGUUCCUUCUGACAAAGCAUAAAAUUCAGAAGCAUCCAUUAAACAGGCCAAAAAUGGUACAGGGUAAAAAAAUAUUCAGCUUACCUGGUCCCAUGUACCUGCAGAGGCUCCAUGAUUUGUCUGUACCCCACCAAGAGACACAGCUAAGGAUCAUGACUGCAAUCUGCAUGUGCAUACAGCAGCCUCUUCCCUUAGAAAAGUCAUUAAUGAUGAAAAAUUACCACUGAACUAGAACAAUUCUGGGCAACUAAGGUGGCUGAGUGGGUACACUGUGGAAAGCAAGGUAACAGAUGAUUCUUCACAUUUAGCUAAGUAUAAAUCUAUCUGGAAAAGAAAUCUACCCACAAUCAUGUGGCCACUGCAGUCCUCUGGCACAGAACAGGAGAGCAGCUGUCCUCCCUUGCCACUGGUCACGAGUGGACCUUGGCUGAGUGUUUAAAAUUCACAUGCCCUGACAAUGCACAGAACGUGCUUACAAAUUAAAAGUUUUUCUGAUGGAAGUCAUUUUGAAGUGGGUUAAUUAAAUCUUGUGGAAGGACAUGCUGGGGAAAAAUACUUAAUUCUUCAGACAUAGUGAAUGGCUAUAGGUGUUUGUUCUGCAUGGAGUGAACCAAAAUUAGAUUAUGAAGGACCAAAUCUACUUUCCUUGCUGUAUGUAGUAAAAUACCCUUCAGGUUUUAUAAGGCAUUUCUACACUGCAAAUGUUUAAAAUUCAAGCUGGAAAUGUUUUAUACAGUAUUAUGUUUAAAAGGCCAGGGUAUAUCUCCAUUUUCUGUUCUUCUUAACAAGCAUUGAAAUUAGCUUGUUUUUCUACACUGAGCAAGCACCUUUUGUUUUAAAUGAGUCAGGCAUAUGUUUGAGUGGUUUUCUGUGUUCCCAAAAAGUUUUGUGUAGCUUGGACACAAAGUACACUCUUCCUGUGGCUCUUCCCGAUGCCAAAGAGAUAAGUCCAUAGCUAUAAGCACAAGAGACUUGCCCAGAAGGCCCCAUUUCAUCCUGAACAAAUUUCCAGCAAAACCAUCCUUGAGGAACUAGUGGUGAUCAUAUUUUUUUCUGGGGAGGUAGGGAUGAAAAAUUAAUAGACAAUGAAAACGAGGUUUUGUUCAAACAUAGAGGUGGAAUAAAGUCACUGGGGCACUUGCAAAUUGGAGGGAGAGAUUUCCCUUGAAAUACAGAAUAUAGACCAUUUUGUAAAACUUAGAGUUACUGCAUUCCACAUUAGAACUGCUGUUUACCCACGUUGCAAGAUCAGAUCUGCAGAAAGCAGCUUUACAGCAAGACACCUACAAAGGAUUUGUGAUGGGCUGGAAUUCAAUCACUAAGUGUCAGCAGUUAGCUGACACUGAAAUUCUCCCAGGACACAGGACAAACACACUGAAAGCAUCACAGCACAGGAUUAUUCACUCACCUGGGAUGGCCACCUAAGCCCAUAUCAGAACUUCACUAUCUCAUUAUCUCAGGCCUACAUUUCAGAUCAACAUCCUCUGUGUGCAGAUGAGGUCCAGAAGGCCGGAGGGACAUCUCUGCUCAAUUGGAAUUAGAGUGUGGGUCUCUCAGCCACUGAUUUCAUGUCACUCUAUUCUGUCUCUGUUCUUUAGGUGGAAGUUGACAUUCCAUUGUGAAAGCAUAAAUUAGAAGUAGAAUCAAAAGAAUAUUUGUGAUAUUUUCUCUCAUUUUACCUAUUAAGUUUUCACUAUUUCAUUUUAGCAUCAUGUUAAAGAAUAUUAGUGUAGAAUGAAGAGCAAAGCUCUAUAUGGAGUAAAUGAAACUAAAAGAUCAAAAAGCAGAACAGUGAAUGUGAGUAAUUAAAGAAAUGAGCAAGAAGCAUGUGUCAGAGAAAAUAAAUGACUCUUAUGUUAUUACCAUAACACCCUCCCUCCACACUUGACGCAUUUGUUUUAGAAAAAGUAUCUUAUGCUGAGAGACUUGUACUGAAGACUUUGCCCCUUCCCAACUGCAUCACAAGUUCCCUUGCCCUUUGGAAGAAGCCGUGGCUCUUAAGAAUCAGACUCGCUGGUCUUGUGAGAGGCGGCCUCACCUGCCCUUGGAAACUGAAGUUGCUGCCUGAGGGUAAGGGCCACAGACACCUGGAAGAAACCAGCCCUGCUGGACUGAGGACCAUGUAAAUACCUUCUACCUUCUCAGUGAACAAGGAUGAUCAUCUUUCAUAGAGGUAACUGCGUGUAUAUUGUGACUGUGGUUUGUCAGAAACUGCAACGGUUUGCUUCGACAGCUCCCCAAAUGUACCUGUUAAGUGUGAAUGUGCCUGCCUCAUUGCCUCAUGUGCCAAACACAGUAAUGAAUGCAUUGUUUUUAAAUAAAUUGUUUUAUUGUGCAUUGGAAAACA